CGGACUUCAGUCGGGAGGUGGCGGCGGAAGGAGGAGGAGCCCCGACCGCGCUCUCUCCCGGCAGUGGCUGCGCGUCUCAGCGCUUGUCGGGUCCCCACCCCUUUUAAAUAAGCCGGGCUGGUCACCGCCCUCACAGACUAGUUGGCUUGGGGGAGGCGGCGGCAGCGGCGCGGCGGCGGGGGUGCGGCCGGGGCCGGAGCCCUGCCCCGGGCCCGGCGGCUGGGCGGACCAUCGGACAGCGGGCGAGGCCGCGCCUGCAUGCGCGGCGCAGCCCCGGCGUAGCCCGGGGCUGCCGGUGCCGACCGCGCCAUUGUUGGGGGAGGGGGUAGCUGCUGAGCGCGGCGGAGUCGGGGGCGAGUGAAGGCGUCGAGGAGUGGAGGCGCCCCAUGGGGAACACCCUGACCUGUUGCGUGUCCCCCAAUGCCAGCCCCAAGCUGGGCCGGCGCAAGGGGUCGGCGGUGCCCGACUACGAGUCUGAGAUCUACGAGGCUGCGGCCGGGGACGCGGUGGCAGUAGCGCCGGCGCCUGCUGCCGCGGAGCCCGCCGAGUUGGAUUUCGGAGCGGGCGAGGGCCACCACCUGCAGCACAUCAGCGACCGGGAGAUGCCUGAAGAGUUAGCUUUGGAAUCAAACCCUUCUGACCAUCCAAGGGCAAGCACAAUUUUCCUGAGCAAAUCUCAAACGGAUGUGCGAGAAAAGAGGAAGAGCAACCAUUUAAACCAUGUAUCUCCAGGGCAGCUUACUAAAAAGUAUAGCUCAUGCUCAACAAUAUUUCUAGAUGACAGCACAGUCAGCCAGCCUAAUCUUAGAACCACAAUAAAAUGUGUGACCUUAGCAAUAUAUUACCACAUAAAGAACAGAGAUGCAAAUAGAUCCUUGGAUAUUUUUGAUGAGAGAUCACAUCCACUCACAAGAGAACAGGUUCCAGAGGAAUACUUUAAGCAUGAUCCUGAACACAAAUUUAUUUACAGAUUUGUUCGUACUCUUUUCAGUGCUGCACAGCUAACAGCCGAGUGUGCAAUAGUAACUUUGGUUUACUUAGAAAGGCUUUUAACUUAUGCUGAGAUCGACAUUUGUCCCACUAACUGGAAAAGAAUUGUUUUGGGAGCCAUUCUUCUUGCCUCCAAGGUUUGGGACGAUCAGGCUGUAUGGAAUGUGGACUACUGCCAGAUCCUCAAGGACAUUACAGUUGAGGACAUGAAUGAGAUGGAAAGGCAUUUUUUGGAGCUACUUCAGUUUAAUAUUAAUGUUCCCGCCAGUGUUUAUGCCAAAUACUACUUUGACCUCCGCUCCUUAGCCGAUGACAACAACUUGAAUUUUCUAUUUGCUCCUCUUAGCAAAGAAAGAGCACAAAACCUAGAGGCCAUUUCCAGAUUGUGUGAAGACAAAUACAAAGACUUGUGUAGAGCUGCUAUGAGAAGGUCUUUCAGCGCUGAUAACUUCAUUGGUAUUCAGCGCUCUAAUGCCAUCCUCUCUUAAGGGAGAAGGGAGGGGUUGUAACAUCAUGAACCCCUCAAUCUACAGGGACUGGAGAAAUACCACCUCUCCUGCUCAAAAACCAGCAAAGUUAGUAUUUUCAUCUAAAAGAAAGACCUCGAAUUCAAGAAACUCAUGGACCGCAAGGAUUUAUGGUCACAGGAAAGAAUGGGACCUUGUUAAUGCAACACACUCUUUUGUCCUUUUUAAUGUAAACAGAGUUACAAAAACCACUCCAAAGCAAAAGCUCCAACCCACACACGGAUAUCUGCUUACUAUGUAGGCUGAUAGCUGUGAACUAAGUGAGGUUUUUUUUUUAACAGCUUAAAUUUUUAAACUUUAAAGACACUAACUAUAUAACUUUUAUGUUUUUUCCUAUUUUUCUUGCCCCUUCCCCCCAUAUUGCUGCAUAUUUCUUUAGCAUCAAUGCAGUAUUACCAACCGUGAAAACAUGGGACUCCUAACAACUCAAAAAGCCACUUAGGAACAGACUGUAGCAUUGUGUUAGGUAUUGAAGGGUUCUUCCUACUUUAUCACUUAAGCUGCUAGUCAUUAUUGGCAAUCAGUUUAAACCAAAAAGCUGCUGGAUAACACUUGUCACUCAAAUUCUUUGCAAGCACUACUUAUUACCAUAUUAGUAUAUUUAGGGUCAUAAACAGAGAAAGUAUGUUAUCGAUGAUUAUCUACUUCUAUUGGGUCCACGCUACAUUUCUUGUGAACUGUAAUAAUGGUGCUUCUCAUUUUCUGAUGAUUUUCCUCUUUAUUAAAUACCUGUAUUAAAAGAUAUUUUUACAAUGCCAACCAACAUGGUGGUCCAGUGGUAACAAGCAGGUAGUGAAAAGAAGGUGUCCUGAAAACCUUAGUGCAGCUUUAAGCUUUAACCUAGUGUGCUUGGGCCCUCUGGGGCACAGCUGAAGGAUAAAUGCUACACACUGAUAAAACAUCAUUUAAAAGUUUAGUUGUUUCUUGUAAACAUACCUACUUUUGUAAAUUUUAAAUAUGAAGCUUUUCAUUUUAGUAUUUUUGUUUUAGCCCCUCUUGAAGAUGGCACAUAUUGGCUGAAACAAAAAAAUUAAAAUGAAAAGCUUAGUAUAUGAGGCUUUUCAUUUUAGUAUUUUUGUUUCAGCCCCUCUUGAAGAUGGCACAUAUUGGCUGAAACAAAAAUACUAAAAAUGAAAAGCCUCAUAUACUAAGCUUUUCAUUUUAAUUUUUUUGUUUCAGCCCCUCUUGAAGAUGGCACACAUUGGCUAAAACAAAAAAAAUUAAAAUGAAAAGCUUAGUAUUUAAAAUUUACAAAACUGGGUAGGUUUCCAAGAAAUAAUUAAACUUUCAAAUGGUGUUUUAUCACUGUGUAGCAUUCAUCCUCCACAGGUAUCAAAGCUUAAAAUUGCACUAAGACUGGAGGGAUGCCUUGUAUCUUCAUAGACACGCCCUCCCCUUUUUAAAAUCAUUCUUUGCAGGGCUGUGCUGCUUACCUGCUUUGGUCACCAGAAUUUCUUUUUCCUACAUUUGUAAAGAGUAUGAAGAGCAGUGAUAAUUCACAUUUAACAAACCAAAAGAAACUGGACUCUAAUAGUAGUCAUCUGAAAGUAGGGGAUCUGGAACAGCUCCUCUAGCCUACCCGGUAACCUGGCUGGAGGGGGGCUCAUUUCGAGUCCUGCUGUUUAAGAGGAACCCUCACCUCAGGCUUUAAAGGGCAGGGAGUUAAGUAAUCAAUCUUUUAGGAGAUUGGUAAUGAUGUCACUUAAACUUGAAAUGUUAAAAAAAAAAAAAGUGUUCUUAACUAUGUGAAAUCUUUCUCCUACCUU